AUGAUCAUGAGCUCGUAUUUGAUGGAGUCUAACUACAUUGAUCCGAAAUUUCCUCCAUGCGAGGAAUAUUCGCAAAAUAGCUACAUCCCUGAGCAUAGUCCAGAAUAUUACAGCCGCGCAAGGGACCCUGGCUACCAGCAUCACCAUCAGGAGUUAUAUCCUCCGCGGGCGAGCUACCAAGAGCGCCAGUAUAACUGUGCAAGCAUCCCUGAACCUGACACGCCAAGGGGACAUGGACUACCCCAUUCUGCGCACCUGCUGGCAGGGAAAGGGCAACCUGCUUCAUGUGAAACCCCACAAUUAUCCAUGUCCCCCGCCACCCCACCGGCCGCAACCUCCGCCUGCAACCAAGCUACCCCGGAGCAUCCAAACAGCACAGCCUCCUCCAAGCAGCCCGUGGUGUACCCAUGGAUGAAGAAAAUUCACGUCAGCACUGUGAACUCGAGUUACAAUGGGACGGAGCCCAAGCGGUCUAGGACAGCAUACACCCGGCAGCAGGUCUUAGAAUUGGAGAAGGAAUUCCACUAUAACCGAUAUUUAACUCGGCGGAGGCGCAUCGAGAUCGCCCAUACCCUGGUUCUCUCCGAGCGACAGAUUAAAAUCUGGUUUCAAAACCGCAGGAUGAAAUGGAAAAAAGAUCACAGGCUCCCGAACACCAAAGUGAGAUCAUCUUCCUCCUCCUCCGGGUCCAACACAAGCUCAGCAGCCGGCGCUGUUGCCGCUGCUUCGGCCACUAAUACUGGGGCCCCCGAUGAACUCACCGGAGCACAGCAUGGCGAGGAUAUUACCAGGUUAUAAACCACAUCAAGAUCGGGGAUAGAAAAAGAACUGGUUAUUUAUAGAACAAUUAUAUAUUUUGUUUUCGUAGCUAUCUUGUGCGGUUUCCUUUAAGUCCAAAGUUAUAUAAAAUGCAUGUUAUAUAGCAUGGAUUACUGCGAAUACCGAUGAAUUAUUUUUACGUG